AUGGCGGCUGAGACGAGUCAUUUCCGAUUGAUGACUGGUAAAUUACAAGAAUUGCUUUUAAGAGAAGAAAAUCUGGAUUUGACCAAAGCUGUAAAAAUCUGCAGAGCCUAUGAACAAUCCAAUAAACAUGUGAAAGAAUUAAGAGAAACAUUAGGCACAAGUACGUCUACUCAAAGAGUGAAUCGAGUGUACAAAGAAGAUAGGAAAUUUAAUAAUUUUCCAUCCAAGAAAGCAACGCCAAGAACAAGUUCUGGAAAUACUUCAUCUUCGACGAAUCAGAAGCCUGGACAACAGAGACGUGACUUUAACAUUUUAUGUAAAAAAUGGGGUAUCUCACACAUCAAAUCAUCUCCUGGUCAUCAAGCCGCAAAUGGAAAAGCAGAAUCUGCUGUUAAACUGAUCAAACAUAUGAUGAUUAAAACUUUGAAGGAUGGUGGAGAUCAAUAUGAAGCAUUAUUAGAGUUGAGAAAUACACCUCGUCAAGAAACAAGAUCUUUAUUACCAGUACUUACAAAGAAGAUGAAACAUAAGCCAUCGUUUGAACAAACCAAUUUUCCAAUUCCAAAGCCAAUAACUCAACCAUUUAUCGAACUAGGCUACCAUCAACACAAAGAACUAACAACAUCAGCAUUCAAAGUUUUGUGA